GACAGACAGACAGGAGGACCGACAGACGAGAGACACCCCCGCAUAGUUUCCGUCAGCCGGGUGACGUCUCCGCCUCUCAGCCCGUGUGCAGUGUGACGUUACGGGGCUGUAGUGGAGCCUCUAUCUGCAUCUUGUUGACGGUCCGCCAGGCUUUUCCAGUACUGAGAAGACCCCGGAGUGGAGAGGACGACGCGAACGUCGUUCAGACACCGGAUCAGAACCUCGAGACCUUCCGGAACCAACAUGCAUGUGUGCAGCUACCAGAAGACUUUCUUUUAGUGAAGACUUGAGGGGGUAAAACGGAAACCAGGAAAACAAGGAACAGACGACAGAAGAAAAAGCGAUAAUUCCCAUACUUGGACAUGGCCAGCUCCCAGACCAGUUUGAAAACCCCUUUUAAAGACUUGACCUCGUUUAAGGGCAACAUGAAGAGGCUCUACAGGGAGCGAAUGGAGGAUGCGCCCAUCAAAAAACGAGUGAUGGCAGAGAUCAAUCUGAAGAGGCGCGGCUUGGACUCCCUCCCGAAACUUCCCAAGGUGAAGAAGGAGCUGAUGGAAGAUCUGGCCCAUGAGGCUGAGAUGGACACCGAGGCCUGCAGCGAACUGCACAUUGUGGGCUCUGUGAAAGCCCUGGACCUGAGUCCUGGUCUCAAACACACGCUGGCCCAGUUCACCCUCAGCAGCCAGAGCUCCCUUGGUGGCCCAGCCGCGUUCUCGGCCCGAACGGGCCACGAGAGUUCCCCCGCAGGGCUGCCGCCUCUACCUUCCCCACCUGUUCUGGGCGGAGGCCCUCUUCUGGUUCCCUGCGACAGCUCCACCGAACUCACCCACUCUCUGCUGGAAGGAGAGUCCAUCUCCUGCUUCGUGGUCGGCGGCGAGAAGCGGCUCUGCCUGCCUCAGGUGCUGAACUCUGUGCUGCGGGACUUCUCGCUCCAGCAGAUCAACACCGUGUGCGAUGAGCUUUAUGUCUACUGCUCUCGCUGCGACGCCGAGCAGCUGCACAUCCUCAAAGUGCUGGGCAUCCUGCCAUUCAACGCUCCGUCUUGUGGCCUCAUAACGCUGACUGACGCGCAGCGGCUGUGCAACGCCCUGCUGCGUCCCGGUGCCACCCUCCCCACCGACCCCAGCGGUAAACUGUUAUCCCAAGGCCUGCUGAAAGAGAGUGAGGCCAGCUUCCAGGUGGAGCACCAGUGUCUGGGCAAGUGUCAGGGCCUCUUUGUGCCCCAGUUCUACACCCAACCUGAGGCCCCCUGCAUCCAGUGCGUUGAGUGCCAGCUGCUCUUUUCGCCACAGAAGUUUGUCAUGCAUUCACACAAGUCACCUGAUAAGAGGACCUGCCACUGGGGCUUUGAUUCGGCCAAGUGGCCCUGCUACCUGCAGCUAGCCAGGAAGUACCAGGGGACUCCAGAGGAGCCCAGACUCAAGCAGCUGCUGGACGAGGUCAAAGAGAAGUUCCACUAUCAGCUCAAGAGCUCCCUUGACAAAAAGUCGGGAGAGGAAGAGGAGAGCCAGCUGAGGAAGUCUUCGGUGGAAAUUUGCUCCGCUUCAGACAAGUUAGCCGACACAGAGCCUACGAGAAAGGGGAAACCAUCCCCACCGGCUCUGAUGUUCAACCGUCUCUUUACGGACAUCAAGGAGGAGCCAGGACACCCCACCCUGGUCCAUCCCAGUUACUACCUGUACACAUAUGAUAAGAUGGUGGCUCCCAACGUUUCUCUCAGGAGGGAGGCGGAGAUGACCCCCGAGGUGUUUGGCGCGCUACUCAAGCAUCACUACAGCCGCAGGAUGCUGGGCCACGAAGAGCCACCAAUGGAUCUCCACGCGUCGCCUCCUGUGACGGCCGGCGCAGAGGAGGCCAAAUCCCAGAGUGUGGCGGCUGCUGCCUUGGCCACUGAGCGGGAAAGCCAAACCCAAGCAGUUUCCAUGGAGAUGAGCAGCCCGUACUGCAAGAAAGCCACCCACAUCCCCUCCCACACUCCUCCUCCGGCAUCUCUUCCUCGGUCUGCGUCGAUGCUGUCGUCGGAAACGGAAGCGGUGGCUAAGGACAUGAGAGCUGCCGUCGCCACGGCGUCAGCGGCGACGGUGGGGGGUGUGGAGGAUGACAAGGACAGGAUUGUUGUGGAGAUCAUGCAGAUGUAUAGCAGGCAGCAGGAGAAGCUCAACUCCACCCUGCAGAAACAGCUGCUGCUGGAAAUGGAGCUGGAGGCGUUGCGUGGGGGCGAGGCGACGAGGCUACGGGAGCUGAGCGCAGAGCAGCGGGAGCUCCGCAGCGAGCUGGAGGCGGUGCACAGCGAGCAGGCGCGGCGGCUCGGACAGGCCCGGCAGGAGCAGCUGGAGCUGGAGAGCCGUCUGGAGCAGCUCCGGCAGCAGGCCUGCGCCUGUGAACCCGGGGCCCAGCAGCAGCAGGAGGCCCAAUACACCGCUCAGUUGUCGGAGCUGCGUCAGAGGUUGGAGCGGGCCGAGGCCGACCGGCAGGAGCUGCAGGAGGAGCUUCACCGGGAGCGUGAGGCACGGGAGAAGCUGGAGCACACCAUCGCCCACCUCAAGCAGCAGAUGGCCCAGUCUGGCAUGAUGGGAGGCAGCCCCUCUCCCCCUCUUACUCCCUCCACUGGACCCCUGAAUGCCCACUCCCCACCCUGCUCUUCCUCCAUGGCUGAGGCCCCUGUGGCCGACCUGAAGUAACUGUGACAUUUUCUUCCCAUCACUUGCCAACUCUACAGACACAAACAAUUCAGCCUGACCCUCCGCAGGCUCCCCUUCUGAUCCCCGUUUUUAAAAGAUACAUUACAAGAUUUGUUUUCUUUUUUUUACAUAUAUAUAUUCCCUGUCCUCUCUUUAAACAGUAUUUAAAGACUUUUUGGGCAUGUAUGUUUGAUUUAAUUUAUAGUUUUUAAUAAACUAACAGCUGCUUUAGAGACAGGAAGUUCCAUCACUAUCCUUCCCCGCUUUGAUCAUCGUCCUUCCUGCUCCCUGGUUCCUGGAUCUGAACACUCUGGAUUUUGGACUCCACUGUUCCUUGCUGGUGACACUUUAUGUUACUACCUGGCACGGCCGCCGGUACCUACAGACUUUGUAAACAUGAAGCUCAGAUCCUCAAGAAUCAGCGAGUGGAGGAGUUUAAAAUGACAUCUCUCUCUCUAUAUACAUAUAUAUAAAAAUAUAUAUUUUCUUUUGGACUCCUUAUAAACACAAAUAAAUAUAAUCAUGUUAAAAUAUUAAGUCUUUAUGGAGGAAAAAAGACCUUUACUGUACAAAAACAGACAUUUGUCAUUCGCAGAUGUUGUAGGACCUCAUGAAAAUAUGCCAGUAAUGACACUGAUGUUGAAGUGACUGAGUGUGACCUCUCCCCAAAACCCCUCUACUCUUCUUGUACUUAGCUAUAAAAUACUACAGCCUGGAGGAAAGAUUGGUUUCCUCUUCACUCGACCGGCCAGCUGCUGGUCCUCCUCGGUCUGGUCAUGGGUCAUUCAGACAUCGAGCUAUGCUAGGUUUUUAAAACAUUCCCUUUUCAAAACUGCUAAAAUUUCUCCAUCAUUUGGUUCCUAUGGUUCAAAUCCCUUCAUGACACCAAAAAAAGCUGUAGAGUGAACUAAAACAUUACCCCUCCACACUGGUAGCCAACUAACUGAAAGUAGGCUGGAACUUUUCAACCGACUAGCCUGGGCUUUUGCCCUGGUUCUCUUUCAUAGCAUUCGUUUCAUGUCUCACUAUGGGAACGCCCUGGGCGGAUUUCUUAGGUAGAAUUUCAAAAGGGCCAAUCAGCGAACAGAAGGAGACGAUGACGUUUUCUGCGCAGGUUUAGUAGUCUGCCUCAUGCCCCAUGUCGGCCUCACUUCCAAAUAUUGAAUCAACUUCUCUCUUUGCAGUGGAGGAUGGUUCUUUACAGCGCAGAAUCUCCGGUAAGCGUCAUGGCGUCAAACUUUAGCAGUUGGUUACUAUUUAAAACUUCAGCAGAGUCUACCCCUCCAGCUAGCAAUCGUUUGAAAAUAACCAAAGGUCCAGACGCUGUGUACUUUGUUUUGGUUUUACAGAACUUGAAAAGUCAUCUUCUGAUUAAUUAACUAGAUAUUUUAAAGCUUUUUAUUCACCAGUGAAUCUAUGAAGAGCAGAAUGACAGGAGCUACUAACUUAGCAAGUGUUUAUUCUAGAUUGUUCCUCUAAUCUAUGCAAUAAAACCAAUAUAUCAGUAAAUACAUCUUAGAGAUAACAUAGCUUCAUGGGAGUUUGCCACUUUUCUGUUAAAUAUUGACAAAAAUCCUGAAAUCUCACCAGACCCAAGCAGGAAAUUCGUUGAAAUCGAAUAAAAAAGGGAAUUAAAGUUGCAUUUCUCUUUUAAUUUAACACUUUUUUAUUAUUAUUAUUAUUACUAUUAUUAAAACUUUCAACCUACGGUAUGUUUACUCAACCUUUAUCACACUCUGAUCUCACUCCGGCCCACGCUCUAGUUUGGGCAUAGGUGUUGUUUUUUUCUGCGUUACCAUGACGACUCAUGAGAGAACCCGCAACGUGUCUGCACACACUGGGGUGUGUCGGUGCGUCGCAGCCAUCCGUGCGGAACGGUGGCCCCUGCGUUCCCAACAGAUGAUCAAAGCUGCAGGCUGUCACGGCUCUCUGAGCCUCUCGCUUCAUUGUUAGACAUUCUUGCCGUCUAAGAAUGCGGGUCGCAGGUGAAAGCUGUCGGUUCGCUGGAGUUUCGGGUUCUGUUUGCACUUUUUCACGAACAGCGUGAAGCGGUGGACAUUUAGCACCGAGGCUCGCUAAUGGCAGGCUGGGGGGCCCCGACUUCGAUGGAGCUUUCCCCCUUAUUUGAGGCAGCUGUCGAUGUCGGGGGACCCCUCUGGUGGAUGACCCACAUCCAGAUCAGAUGCCCGGGAGGAAUCCCAUCAUGCCCAGGCUGAAGCGCUUUUUAUCACCACUAUAAAAAGAUCCCUGUGAGCGUCUGUGCGAGUGCGUGCGUGUGUAAAUAAUUGUGUAACGGGAUCGUCCUCGGUAUAUAUAACAAAAACAAAACAAAAAACAGAGCUUCUUUUUUAUGCAUCUGCUAUUAAUGCAAAUUGAUAAGACAUUCCACUGUGCUCCAUCCUGUUCGAUGCAGAUUUUCUUACACAGCCUCCCUUUACAGAGACCGACCGGAAGGAGCGGACAGAGAGCAGGCGGAACAAAUGUACACUCUACUGUUGUUGCAUUGAAAACAUUUAUUAAGAUGAUGAAAGACAAAUGUUUAACAUAUAAACGAAAGAUUUAUAUUCACUUUGUAAAUAAGGUAGUCAUUAAUAUAUUAACUGUUCUUAUAUAAAUAAUCUAUGAAAGGUUAUAUGAUUUGGACCACAGCUGAGGCUGGAGUGGGCCUAAUUGAUUUUCUUUCUUUUAUUUAAAAGAAAGAAAGAAAAAUGACUCUUUGGGAGUGGAUGUGGGGGAAUGAAGUGCAUGGUUUACUCAGACAUCAACUAUAAAACAAAAAAAAAAAAAAUACUUUGUUACACACUUUUACUCCACUUUCAGAACUGACGCUGUUGUUUUUAUGGAUUUUAUCAUGACAGAUUUUCUUUUUGCUAUUUGAACCUUCUCCCUUAAUCUAAAUCUAAAUCAGAAAUUUGUUCAAGAAGACAUUUUGGAGAAAAAAAACAAAAAAGAAAAAAAAGUGUCUGCAUGUUUUGCUGCCCUUCCAGUUUAUGUCGCCAAGUUAUAAUCUGUUUAUUGUUAAAAAAAAAAGACUGAAGAUUUCCCUCCUCAGAUUUUUUUUUUUAAAAGGCUCAUCUGCAUGAAUUAUUGAACAUGUGCAAAGUUUUAUCUCCCUUGUGGUUGAGAGGCUGGCCAGGAUAUGAAGUCACAGUAUGAUCAUAAAGAUUGUAAACUGUAGAAUAAUUUGGUCUGACUAUUUUUCCCCACAUUGAAAUCAUGUAUUAACCAAUCGGAUGCUAAUCAGUAUUAUUUUCAUUCUCCUGUUUGCUUCUGCAGUAGAAAAUUCACCCAAGAUGUGUUUUUUUUUUUCUACUGUCAGAGGAGUUUGCAUUGUAACCACAAGUGGGCGCUGUUUAGUCUUUUUAAGUGUACAUCUAUUACUAACAGUAGGAAAAAAUUCCUUUUAAGAUGGCAUGCUGGGCCUUUCUUUGGCUUUUUGCAGCGCUUUGAAAGCUUAGACGUGUUUUGUACAGUUGUGAAUUUUGCCAAACUGAUAAAAAAUGAAAAGAAGGAGCCUGGAAAAUGACUGCAGAAGGCUCAGAUUGACCGUCGAAGGUGGAAUUUACACAAAAAUAAACCUGAAUCUGUUGCUUUCCCAUCAGUGCUGUUUGCAAACAUGAAACGCAGUGUCUGUGUGUGUGACCAUUGCAUACUACGUUGCCAAUACUACAGUGUGAUGAGAAUUUUUUGUUCUUGCAUGAAUUAGAGACACUGUUCUCCUACCUCAUGUUGUGAUAUAAGAUGUUUUUUUAAAGCAGAGGACACUGCAUCUCUAACUGUUGAGCAUCAUUAUUAAAUGACAUACCUGUAAAUGCUUUUAACUGAUACCACGGUUGUAUUUAGUGUUUUUUUUUUUUUUGUUUUGUUUUAUUUCUGGAUUUUUCCCCCCUCUUUCUUCCUUGAUUUCAGAACCUGUAAAUAAAUCCUGUAUAGACGAUAAACUUGGAUCAAAUUCAAGUAAAGUUCUGUAGUGUCAAAAUGA